AUGUUGCAUUGCUACACAAUGGUCGGUUUGUCGAUUUUUCUUGCCGCAGUUCCACAGCGUAAGAUAUCAAAUUCCAAUGGCGUAGUUUGAAUGAUAACGCGGCAUAUAUCUAAAGCCGUCUUCUAUUUACAGUAUUAUCCAAGCGUUUAGCCAACUUUAGCGUCGUAUCGCAUGAGCAUUUAUCCCAUGUUCAGUCUGCACUUUAGCCAUCCUUGUAUUGUGUGCGCCUUAUCGGAUCUUCUCGUGCCGCGUUUCUAGCUUCCCGCGGGCGCGCGUGCCCGCCGCUCCUGAAUAGAGUGGCGUAAUCGUAGUUGGUAAUUAUUCCCAGAUUUUUUUCUCUCCAGCCGGUAUAAUAUGUACAUACGGCAGUGCCGCGACGCUGCAGUGCGACUAGCCCAUUUUGAGAGGUUACAGCACGACUUCACGCAAAGUUAAUAUGUCAUCCCGUAAUCUGUCUCGCAGGCGCUCAUAGUGUCCAACUGUGCUUUAUGUGUUAUCAACUGGCGAGCGCGUCUAUUGGUAAAUCGUUCGAUCUCUGCAUACGUAUACACUCGGGGUAACUUGUAUGCCAGGAUCGAACAAUACCCCAACAGCUGGGAUUUAUAUAUAGCCCAUCGUAAUGCACACACACAUCACCAGCGGCAGCCAGCAGCAGCCGUUGCAGCAUAUGUACAGAAGCACGUAAUUGCCCGGAAGCUUAAGCGGUCCUGUAUUGGGGGAUAAUGUCCUAGCACGGAAAGUCUUCUCCGGAAAAAGUUGUAGCACGUCUUGUGUGUAUAUGGUUGUUCCCCCUCCCGGUCGCGGCCGUGCUCCGAUUCGACACAAAUAAUCAAUUGUCCACGCCGGAUAAUGCUGCUGAUAAAAAGUUGCCAAAAUGCACUGUGUAUACAGUGCCGGCCAGCACGAAUCCUCUUCACUUAAUCAGCCGCGCACUUGCCGUAUUUACAAAAGGGCCCCCGUUCGACGUCCACAGUUGGGAGGAAUAAAGUGGUGACAAUGUCGAUCGCAUCGGGGAAGUGUUGAUUUUCUCCCCGUUCGUGUGUAACAUUAUACGCUCGUCUUAUUAUUAACCGGUAAGCCGGAAAAAAAGCGAUGCCCUGGUGCUGAAGCGUGAGCCCGGGCGCUGUGUUGGAAAAGUGUUUGGACGCAGAAAGAACCGGGCAGAUUGUGCGCUUCCGGUUACUUCAAAUGUCACUAUAACCGUUAGUCGAAACCCUCGGCGUCGACAGGACAAUUAGUGUUAGUGUGUGUGACGACGAUAUCCUCUGUCGGAUAUACGUUUACAUAUCAGGAACAAGCGAAUUAGUGGGAACAUGGACAAAAUGGAUCUCGAAGAACUUAAUCCAGCCGGCAGGGCGACUAAGUCGCUGUUUCCCAAAUACCCCAGUCGACCGAAACUGGCGGUAAUGAGAACGGCAGAUUACCUCAAACUGUUGGGCAUGGGACACGUGUUUCUGGGAAUUCUGGCUUUCCUUGUGCAGAUUGGCGUUAAUUUCAUGUGCCAGAAGUACACAAUAUACGACUGGCACUGGGAUGCUCCGAGCUUGGCAAAAUCCGCUAUCGGGAUCGUCGCGGCUAUUACGUACAUCGUUCAAGGUGUUCUGUCCAUUGGAGCGGGGAAAUUCAUCACGAGCGCCACGCAUCGGGACUGGGGUGAACACCUUUACAUGUUGAAAGUCUUGAAUUGUUUAGCGAUAUUGAUGUCCAGCAGCUUGCUUGGUGUUAGCGGCUACCUGGUGUAUGUCCUGUCUCUUUGGUGGGCAUUUUAUGAGGAACAUCUGGAAUACAUAAAGGGCCCGGUUCUAGUGACAUUGACUCUGAACAUGAUCCAGAUAGGCGUUGGCAUCAUGGAGUUUGCCUUAGCAUUCUGUGGUUUUCUAAUUAAGAACACAUGACUUUUCACCUUUAUGAAAAGUAGAUUACACCACAUGGAUCUUAUUUACCCUGUGAUAAUAAUAUGAAUUUUCUAUUGGAUCGGUACACCCGAUCACUCUGAUCUGUCUGAUGCAAUGUUCGCCGACUAAACAAGGUGGUCACCGGUGUUUGCUGCCGGUGAGUUAUGCAAAACAACCGGCUCGGAAAUGCGAGCCAAACCAUAUACUUUAAUUACAGUGCGUCGCCAUGAAAACAAAUGCAUGGAUAUGUGUGCUGAAGUGAAAACA